AUGGGGGGUGGUGGUGGGAGCAAGAAAAUAUUGGUGGGUUUGGUGGUGCUGAUGCUUUUUGGGGUUGCCGUGUACUUGAAGCUUUGGACCAUCGACUAUACCGUUUCUUCCGACGAAGCUGAGCUCUUGAGGCGGCAGUUCGACCUUGCUAAUAGGGAAGCAAUGGAUGAAUCUGCUGAGUGGAGGCUGAAAUACGAUGUAGAAGCAGAAAGGGCUACCGAGUGUAUGAACGAACUCAAACAGAUAAAGGGGUCUUUUGAGGAGGAUGAUGGAAAUGCUGCUAGCCUCAACCGGAAAUUGGUGAAUCUACAAAAGGAAAAUAUGGCCUUGGUUGAACGGAUGGAAACCAUGAAACAAGAGCUUGAGGCUGAGAAGCUGAAGUGCAGCUUGCAAUAG